AUGAAUACUAAAGGUUUUGUUUGCAUUAUCUACAUUUCACCUUUUAUUGUAGGGAGUGGGCAUAUUGGAAGAAAAUGUGGCGAUGAUAAAAUUACUGAGCAGGUGUAUGUAUUAUUCAAAGCUAGAAGGUCUAAAUUAUUCAAUGGUGUACCUGAUGAUUUCCAAUCUAGAACCAUCAAUCAGAAUUUUCUGUUAAUUGAUAGCACUGCUGGAAUGUGUUGUACUAUUGAUGGACUUGAUGUGGAGAUUCUAAAAAUAUUCAACGCUGGUGUAGGAUCCCCUCAUGCUUAG